CUCAAAGAAGUAUCCGGGUUCUGUUCACUCUUCAUGACUUGUCGAUCAAUCAGCCCUUUAUAUCAGCCCUUUAACCUUGGGGGAGUCUUCUUUCUACCCUAUUUCCCCCUUAGAGUUUAUUUUACUACUUACUGUUCGUUUUCUAUACUUUGUUAUCCUCUCUCCCCUUUAUUGGACCCCCCUCAUCGAGGGCUACUUUUUAGCUACAUUCACGAUGACACCCCAAUUGCGAAGCUCAGGAAAGGUUCCACUUGGUAAAGGUCAACCAUAUAAACUAGCGACAAAUAAGACGUCAAAUAAACCUUCGACAAAACGAAAGGCAUCGAAUCAAACUGGCUCCCAAGCAAAGAAAUCGAAAAAGACGGCUAGGCCGGAAUUUGAUUGUGUUCUAUGUUUCAAGUAUGGUAUAAGAGGAGACAGAUUGAAAGGGCACGAGGAUAAAUGCCCUAAUCGCCAUGUAAAAUGCGCAUGUAGGAGAUUGUGCAAAGAUCGAUACGAAGCGACAUCUCACGGUUGCUUCAAAUCCGAUACAGGAGAUGACCUCCUAAAAGGAGAAUGGUGCCAUUCGGAGAUUCAAACGGUCAAGCUAUUAUAUAUAUGGGAUGGUGCUCCUGAAAACAGACUCUGUCUAUUUCCAGGAAGGUCAGCAGAAGACUUGCGCCGUAUGUCGGAAAUUCGUUGGAUUCGGUGCCCAGUCUGCAACUACGCAGCGACGGAAACAAGAAUACUUUUUGAACAGCAAUGUUCCAACUGUCAUUCCGAUGAGCUACCUGUGUGUGGAAUCUGCUCAAAAAACACAAAUCACACCUUGUGCGGAACUAAAGAAAGGUUUAUCGACACCCAUAACCCCUGCGCAGUUGACGACUAUUUCAAAAUGUGCUUCAGAUACAUGCCCGAGAGUGCUCUUGAAAAGCUGGUAUGUCAAUGGAACUUGGGAUAUCUGAAUGAGUCUUAUGCGAGAUUGAAGCCGAACGUUGAUCAACAUGAGCAAAAUGUCGAAGCCGCGGUUUCGAUAUUGAAAACUCCACAUGCUCGGCAGAACAUCCUGUCCGAGCAUAGAGACGAUUGGGGCUUUACCCCGGCCUGGAGUGAGCUUCUAAAGAAGUUGCAAAGACUCGCUGAGAGUAAUUCUCAAUCUCUAUCAACGCGUCGGGCCAAGCGAUAUCUUGCAGUUGACCACUUCAUAUUCGACCCGAAGACAUUCAAGAUCAAGAUUGAAGAAAAGACAAAGUUUCCUAACGCCAUAGUACCGCAGGGCGGCCGUGGCUACUGCUUCGAGGAAGUUCUCAGUAGACUAUUUUCAGUCUCGUGGGGGGAACACAAGAAAGAGCGAAUAAAACUCACAAUGGAUCCAAGGAAGCCUGUUGCCCGGGCGAAAGAUUACCUGUUUUGCAAGCCAUGCCGUUUUGCCACAUUGGUGGUAGGCCAUUACUUGUCGCAUAAUAUAUCCAGCCACCCAGAAAAAAAGAACCCAGAAUUCUAUCAGUGUCUGAUAUGCGGAGAGGAGUUGAACAUAUACUCUCGCGACCAUGAAUGCAGAGUCACCUCGCGGGAAGUGCGAUUUGGCACGCGAGACCUUUUCAUGGCGUACUGGCUGAAAUUCAUGGAAAUCAAUCUCGAUACAUUGAGAGAAUUGCUGUCCGCUUGGGUUGAUUUGAAAAGCCCGGUAUGUUCAGAAUUCAGAAAGUACCUCGAAUCACGUCUGGAAAUCAAGAAACCUACAAAACAAGAUUUAAUCUAUCCUUUAUGCGUGCUAUUACGGUGGGUCAUUCGGUCCCGAGAAAAGAAGGAAAGCCCCCGUUUAGUUCUUCAGAACCUUAUGGGAAAGACGAAAGUCAAAAACAAAACAUCCAAAACCUUGAACUUUAUAUUCAACAUAGCUCUGGAGGAGCAGAGCUUUUUCCUUAAAGAUCUGACUCGGAAUAUUUAUGGUAUGCAAGAAGAACUGGAGAUCCCGAAAGUAGUGGGAGAUUGUGGUGUCGAUAUACUUCAAAGCCUUGAGCCGCGUUAUCAUCCUGAGUGGGAACUGUCUAUCACUCCACCACAAUCGACGGAAGCCCACGGUUACCAAAGAUUUGACAGCUCCACGAUGGAGAACGCACAAGGGGAUGCGAUUCAUGUCCAAAGCCAGAGUUAUGAAGCUGGAACUGCUUCUAAACCUGCGCCAGUCGUUGAAAUACUUUCCGACGAGGAUACAGAUUCUAUCAACGGAAUGGAAGCUCAUAGCAAUGAGGACGACGCCAUGUCAAGCGCGGUAGCUUCAAGAAGUGACCUUGGCCAAGCGGAAAGUGAAAACUUGUCUGACGGUGGCUUUUAUCAUUGUAGAGAAGCGAGUCAAGCAGAAGAGAGCAUUGACGAUGACGACGACGACGAUGACGAAAGACAGGGUGAUUCGGAAAACUCCAGCAACCAGCACAAUAGAUACAUCCAAGGGUCGAAAGAAGAACACAGACAUGAUCGUUUUAUCAGUAGUAUUGACCUGCAAACCCCGGUAGAGAAGUUGAAGGAACUGGACAAAGACCUGACAGACAAGCACUUGGAAGAUCUCAAUUGUCAUCACUUUGAUGAUAUUGAUUUGAACCUUCGAAACCUCGUACGUCUCAAAACCGCAUUGAAGUCGCUUUUAGAGGCAUACGAACCCGUCCAAAAGUCAAUUCCUCAACCCUUCUCACUGGAAUGGUCUGACCAGAUGGUCGACGGUAUCGAUCUGAAAACCCCGACGGAGCAGUUGAAGAAGCUGGAGCAGACCAUGGCUGAAAAGCAGUGCGAAGACCUGAGAUGUGGUCGAUAUGAGACUCUCGCUUUGGAUGGUGGAAAACUUACACGUUUUGGCCGGGCGAUGAAAGCUUUUGUACCAGCAAGCGUUGCUGUCCAACAAGUGCUGGCGACUUGGGAAAGCCACACAGGCUAAGCGUCAAACUUGGAUAACAUAAUGUAAGCUAUUUCACUUAUUCAAUUGUAUGAUGAUGUUCUAAAUGAUUUAUAAACUGAGAAACUCAACCAGACGAAGUGGCGCACGUUACAAUUGCAUUC